CGUCAAAACUGUCUUGUCUUGUCAACGUGUCCCGUUCUCGUCGUAUCGUACGAGUCAAAUGGAUCAAAUAAUUUAUUCGUAAAAUGUGCUACUCGUACCUCAGAUAAAAGUUCACAAUUACAAAAAGAUAACAUAUGUUACUAAACAACUCUGAAAUAUAUCUGUAAACAUGGUUCUACUGGGUAAUGAUGAGUUUCUUGCAGAGCUGACAAAAUUGUUUCAAAAAGCAAGAGCCUCGGGAUCUGUUACAAUGACUAUGAAAAGAUAUGAUGGUCGCACUAAGCCAGAACCUCGUGAUGGAAAGCCGGUAGUGAAAAAUCCAGAAUACAAAUGUUUGGUGCGGGCACAAUCAAGGAGUAAAAAGAUAUCAACAGUAGUAGAGCAACGAGACGUGGAGAUAUUCAGUACAGCGUAUUCUAAUUUACUGAAAACAAGCGUGAAUGGGUUAAAACGUUUAAAAAAGCAAAAGAAAAAGGCUAUGGCUACGCAGUAAGCAUGAGAUGAAGCAGACAAUGUGUCAAGACUGAAAUUAAGUGCGCAAUAUAGUGUUAUGAACAAAAUGUGAAGUUGCUAUUUAAUACACCACCGUGAUAUCCUAGCGCGUAGGAUGAGGUCCAUUGAAGUGCGCUCUUCUCUCUGCCGAGAUGUGAAGAGUUGGUCUUGCCUGCAAUUGCUAGUGAUGCAGUCGCAGCUAAGUCAUUGACCAUCUGUCCAAUGCACCCGAUUUUAAUAUCUUUUAAUACUUUGUGUUACAUUCUGCCAAUAAAGUUAUAUCAGCAGUA